UGUUGAUUUUUUUUACUGCUAGAUUGAUGCCUUCUUUACUGUGAGUGGAUGUGGUAUCCAGAAAGUUAUCUAAGAGUGUUUGGAUUUUUUGGUUACUUGUUGCUUUCUGUUAUUCUUCUGUGCUGUUUUGGGCCCAUCUGUUCUUCUUCUGAUUUUGUACAGCUUACUGGGCUGUGAAUGUGUGGUUGUUUCCAUGUCUGUUCUUUUGAGGAACAAGGUCAUUUGGCUGUGAUCAGACAGAGGUGUUAGUGGCUUGACGGUGAAUGAGCUGAGAGAGAAAGGUCAAUGUCUGUAAUCAUGUAGUCUACUGUGCUGUGGCCAAGAGGUGAGCAAUAGGUGAAUCUCCCCAAAGAGUACACCCAAAACCAACCAUUGACAAAGUACAGACCCAGGCUUCGACAGAGCUACAACAGAUCCCUUCCCUUUUUGUUGAUGGUGCUGUCACUGUUGUUUCUAUGGGGGAGAUUAAGACAGUUAUAAACAGUAAGGCCUGUAAUAAAGUUGUCCCCUUGUGUGCUCGUUAGAUCAGGUAGUGUUCCUGUGCGCACAUUUGUGUCCCCAGAGAUGAGUACAUUGCCAUGGGCCUGGAAAUGGCACGUCUCUUCGUCAAGGGUGGGGAAUAUCUCCUCUGAGUAACAUGGGGAUUCUGAGGGGGGGACAUAUAUUGCGCAAUGGAACACAUCCAGUUUUAACCAAAUGUGAUAUUUACACAUUUUGAGGGGAUCAAUUCGAUUUUGUAGUUCGGAUUUGUACCAAAUGAUCAAUCCUUCAGAGUCUCUGCCUUUAUUGACAGAGCUGUGUUUCUGUGACGGCACAAUUACCUCUCUGUAGCCUGAGGGAGAGUGAGUGACAAUGUCUGCCUUGCACCAUGUCUCCUGCAGAAUGAUGACGUCAACAUCUUGAAGAUUUAUUUUUAAACUCCAGUGCUAAACUCUUCAGUCUGUUCUCUAUGCUGCAGCACCCUUUUGAUGACAUACAACUCCUUUGCCAUCUCUUCCUUUACUUGCACUAGCUCUCUCCUCAUGGUGGCCUUUACCUCCUCAAGCGCUGUGGUGAGGCUCUCUCUCAGCUCCUGGACAGAGUUCUUCAGCUGGGUCCUGCACUGGUUGAUCUGGUCCUGUAGAAGCUAUGUGUCUGGGCUGGAGGUGGUGUAGCUGGGUGGGCUGCUCCUUUAGCUCAGUAACCCAUACCUCUAACAGAGCCAGCCUGUCUCUCAGCAGGCUGAUGGUGGUGUGAUCAUGGCUCUGGUGGUCAUAGGCAGGCAGGGGGGAGGACAGACCUGUGGAUCUGGGCCUGGGCUCCUGCUGUUGGAGUGCCUGAGGUGAGGGGAGAGGUCGGGGUGCUGUCCUUGUCCUUUUUGGUUUCUGCUAUUGUCCCCAAGGUGGGGAAGUCCUGCACAAAAGAGCUGAGUGCAGCGUCACUGCCCUGGACCAUGACAGUGCCGUUCUGGUACACGUUUACUGUCAGAAAGCUGUUUUCCUGGUCCUUUUCGCUGUCCUCAAAAAUGUGUAUUUUGCCUUCUGUUGCAGAUGCCUUUCUUUGUUGUAUAGCUGAAAUGCCUGGUUACAGCUGUAUGCCAGGCAGUAGUGUGGUCUGUGUGAAAUAACAGGUUUGUAACAGUCCUGUUGUGUGAGCAGUCGGCAAACAACGUUUCCGGGUUCUCCCUCUGAAUUCUGUGUUUAAAAUUGAUUCUUCCUGCUGGAAAUUCAAAAAAAGGGGGGGAAAGUCUCUCAGUCUAGCUGCUGCUGCUAGUGCUGCUAGCACUGCCUCAGUGGCCAUGUUGCUAUGGUUACCACCAAUAAACAGUUGGAGCUAACUAGUGAACUAGCUGACAAAUUUGAAUUUAGCUAGCUAGCACGAUUAAGAUUGCACUUUUAACUCACACUCUGUCAAUGUUUUCCUCCUGUGUUGAUCUUCAGUUGUACAAUUUGAUUACCUAUAUAUUUUUUGCUUAUUUAAUUUUGUUAAUCUCACUCUUAACAACCAGAAAGUUAUAACAAGUCAGGAGCUUCUGCAUGACUGCCUCGCUCUCGCUCUCGCUCUCUCUCUUUCUCUUUCUCUUCUCUUUCUCUUUCUCUUUCUCUUUCUCUUUCUCUUUCUCUUUCUCUUUCUCUUUCUCUCUCUCUCUCAGAAGGUGAGGAGGAAUCUCUAUGUGGGACUCUCAGUGUAGCCGUUCACUCUGCCUGUGGAUUACAACAGCCAGCCAGUGAGCAUCUGCACACCAUCUACCAUAUAUCUAACACUAUCCAUAUGCAUACCACAAUGUCUAUAUCUUACCCAGAUAUAGUACAUACAUACAGUAUACUCUACCCUCAGACUCCACUGCAGCUCUUAAACAGAGUCUCACUACUCCCUCCUACUGUAGGUAUGUAUGUGUGUGUGGAGGUGGAUGGCUUUGAGUUCUAUGAGAGGCAGGCCCAGACCCAUUCCUCUGUCAGCAGCUCCAGCCCUCACUGGGACCAGGUAAGAUGCUGUACGCAGGCUAGCUGAAUACCCGAGACCCGGUCCAGAAUUCAAAAUAAUGUUACGGGUCUAGGUCGGAUCUGAUGUGGGAGGCUGCUACUUUAUAUUGUAAAUGGAGUUGUUGUUGUUUGUAACUUUGUAUGACGAGAAAGUGCAUAUCUCGAUUAGCCUAGCUAGCUUAACUAGCUUCUCCCGGUUUGGAUGAUAAAUAACCUAGCUAUGGCAGCAAUUAGUCUACUAUAGCGUGAGUCGGCCUGGUUGGUUGCUGUCUCUCUCCCUCCCUCCCUCCUCCCUGCUAACUGUGUCACUUGCUACACAUAACACGGCCCCUCACCUCUCUCUACCUCCUCUCCGACGUGCUUUAUCAGCUCCGGGAAAUAAAGUAGCUUAAAAAUGGACUUUUCUGCUGCUUCCAUCACUCGGAUCGAACCGGGUCUGGAUCCAACCAGGUCUAUACGAAACAGGUCUAGCUUUCCUCAAGUCUGUUCAGAACGGAUCUCUAUAUUUAAAAAGAAAUAUUUAUGCAUAUAUCGAGUCCGGGUGGGAAAGCCCCAGGGCCAACUUUUUGGACCCGUGAAGGCCUCUAACCCAGGCUAGCUCUACUGGCAGCCAUUUUGAAAGUGGGAAUCAUUAUCCUACCUAAAUUGUUGUUACAGAUGUAGGAUCUUAAUUUGGGUCAGUUUGCUACAGCAGGAAUAUAAUCCAGCAGCAACAGGACAUGUGAAUUAGUAUCUGGAUUAUAAUUAAUGGACAUAUUUGUAGGGGUUGAUACAGUUUUCAUAAGGGAAAAUCAAGUCUAAAAUGUCAAAAUGGAAAUUAAAAACUUCAGAAGCCUUUUUAAACCUCAAAUAAACAACACGUUUUUAAAUGUCCUGCAUUGCAUCAAAGUUCUCCCGCAACAGGUUGAUCAAAUUAAGAUCCUACAUCUGUAUACCAUCAUGAUGCUUUUCAGUGAUAUUUUGUCUUUUAAACUACCAUUUGAAUUUAGUCGUGUUACCUGUAUGUCAUCAAUACUCCUCUUUGACAGGCUUGUGCUUGUCCUCAGGAGUUCUCAUUCCAGGUGGAUGGGGCUCAGAACCUCAGGGUGCUGGUUGUGUUAGAGCCAGAGGUAGGAGAGAGCUGUGAGGACCGAGUCCUUGGCAAGACCUCCAUACAGGUGUGUGUCUGCAUCUGUGCCUAGAUGUGUGUAUCAGUGUCUGUUCUCCCAUGUUUAGAAGGUGUGUGUGUAUGUACAUACAUGUGUGUUUUUAUCUGUUUAAAGGUGUAUACUGCGUGUCACAGGCGGCUGGUGGCACCUUAAUUGGGAAGGACGGGCUCAUAGUAAUGGCUGGAAUGGAAUGGUAUCGAACACAUUAAACACAUGGUUUCCUUGUGUUUGAUACCAUUCCAUUCAUUUCAUUCCAGUCAUUAUUAUGAGCCGUCCUCCCCUCAUCAGCCUCCUGUGCUGUGUGGGUGUGUGUGUGUGUGCGUGCGCCUGUGUUCACCUGUUCAUGUGUAUGUUUUCUAGCUGGACCCAGCCCUCCUACAGAAGCGAUGGAAGAGACAGACCGUAUCUCUAGGCCAGGUGGUUGUGACUCUGUCUCUAAAGUACUGCCCUCACCCUCUAGACCCGCCCAGUCUGGCCCCCGCCCAGCAACAGCCCAUCUUCUGCAUGCCCAUUGGAGCUGUGGCACAGUGAGUCCUGUCAAUCAUUACAAAUAGUCCAAUGAGCUUUAAGGACCUGAGAUUUUGGCACACUGAGUGCAUCUUAAUGCUCUAAAGUGGUGGCAGGUAGCCUAGCGGUUAAGACCGUUAGGCCAGUAACCGAAAGGUGGCUGGUUCAAAUCCCUGAGCCGAUUAAGUAAAAAAUGUCCUUGAGCAAGGCACUUAAUUCUAAUUGCUCCUGUAAAUCGCUAAAAUGUAUCAAACUCAUUUUGUCUUCGAUGAGGUCUGGGGGGGGGCCACACUUAAAAUGUGUUAUAUUUCCCCCUGUGGGCCUCCCGAGUGGUGCUUGAGGCGUCACUACAGACCUGGGUUCGAUCCCAGGCUGUGUCACAGCCGGCCGCGACCGGGAGACCCAUGAGGCGGCGCACGAUUGGCCCAGCGUUGUCCGGGUUAGGGGAGGGUUUGGCCGGCCGGGAUGUCCUUGUCCUAUCACGCUCUAGCAACUCCUUGUGGUGGGCCGGGCGCAUGCACGCUGACCUCGGUCGUCAGUUGUACGGCGUUUCCUCCGACACAUUGGUGCGACUGGCUUCUGGGUUAAGCGGGCAGUGCGGCUUGGCAGGGUCCGGAGGAGGACGUAUGCCUCUCCUGAGUCCUAAUGGGAGUUGCAGCGAUGGGACAAGACUGUAACUACCAAUUGGCUAUCACUAAAAAGUCAAAUAUAUAUAUAUAUAUAUAUAUCUUUCCCCCCGUCAAAAUUUGCUAAAGAUAGUCCUCUAUCCGUAGUUUUUUGAUUACUCCCUGACUGUCUAACUUUAAUUUGGGUGAUUAUUAGCGAGCUAGACACAGUCAAGAAACUGUAUGAAUGUAGGUCCAUUAUAAUUUCUACACAGUUUCGAUUUGCCUUUAGCCAUUUUCAAAUAUAUUGAAUUCGUUCCUCUUUUUGUAUAUGUAGUUUUUUAGCAAACCACCCGCGGGCCAGAUUGGACCCCCUGAAAUGAAUUCCUCUCCUUUUCUCAUCUCUUAACUAAUUUGAUAAGAUAAUAAUAAUAAUAAUAAUAAUAAUAAUAAUAAUAAUAAUAAUAAUAAUAAUAAUAGAUAAUGAUCAAUGACAAUGUGGGGUCUACUUUAGUCUCCCUCUCUUGUCUGGUUAGGAAGUGAAAUGAAACUACUCUGACAGACCGUAACUUCUUGUAAUAUAAGAAUAGCAGAUCUGUGGCAAGACAAGAAUGGCAUGAAAAGGGAAAUCACACACUCUCUGCAUCUCCAUUUUUAGAUAACUUGAAAGUAGUCAUUGCCCUGUGUGUGCUUUGCAUGUUUCAUGUCUCUAGAAUAAAUUCAAAUCAUUCGAAACGCCAUAUGAACAUCCAAGACAAGUUUUCUAGGAUGCCGAUAACAUACAAUGUGUGUAUGUACAAACACAACCCGGAGUGUGUGUUUUGUGUGUAUCCAGACAGGAGGGAGUCCUGGUGCCACAUGUGGUGCGUUGCUGUGUAGAGGAGGUGGAGAGGAGAGGAAUGGAGGAGGUGGGCAUCUACAGGCUAUCAGCAGCUACCAGUGACAUCAUCAACCUCAAGACUGCCUUCAACACCAGUGAGUCUGUGUGUGUUUGGUGGGACUGGAGGUGUGUAGUUCAAGUAUGUUGUGGUGUAAUGUCCACUCAUACUCAGUAUCUUACUCCGUCUAUCUCACCCUUUUGCUCCCUUUCUUUCCUCUCUAUCACUCUCUUCCUUAUCUCCCCCUCCCUUAUAUCUCUCCCUCCUUUCCUCUCUCUCUCUCACUCUCUUUCUUCCUCUCUCCAUCUCUCUCUUCCUCUCUCCAUCUCUCUCCUUUCCUCUCGCUCUCUCUAUCCCCCUCUAGAUCUGCGUGAAGCAGUGUCCAGGUUGAGGUGUGUAGAUGUGAAUGCUGUCUCAGGUAUACUGAAGCUCUACUUCAGGGAGCUACCAGAACCCCUUAUACCUACAGAGCUGUUUCAGAGCUUCACCAAGGCAUUGGGUAGGUCACAAAUGCACACACACACACACACACGCACACGCACACACACACACAAUUCUCCACCCAUACCUGUGUUGUUUCUCUCUGUUAGACAUCCCAGACCUGAGCGCCAGGAGUGUGUCCAUGUUGUCUCUGCUCCAGUCCUGUCCCGCCGUCAACCAAAACACCUUCCUGUUCCUCCUCCACCACCUCAAACGGUCUCUCUCACCUCUUCUCAAUAUUUGUUAUACACUAAGUAUGUUACUAAAUAGAAUGUUAUUUAUAUGGGGGAUACAACCUUCCCAGCGCCGCAGAUUUUGCUGCGAAGAGACUUCAUUAGAUCAUUUGUUUUGGUGCUGUCCAUAUGUAGCUUGUUUUUGGUCACAGGACCAGGAAUGGCUGAAGAAUUGUAAAAUGUACCUGGAGCUAACCCUGCAGAUAGCACUACUGGGUGAUCUGAAAAGUCAUAGUCAAUCGAUCAAUAAUAUAAUAAUACUAUCACGUUUCAGGAGAAGACCCAGAUGCAGACAGUGUCGAAGUAACAAAAGUUUAUUACAAAAACAGGGGGCAGGCAAACGACAGGUCAAGGGCAGGCAGAGGUCAAUAAUCCAGAUCAGAGUCCAAAAGGUACAGAACGGCAGGCAGUCUCAGGGUCAGGGCAGGCAGAAUGGUCAAAACCGGAGAAGACAGGAGCAAGGGGAAACCCACUGGUAGGCUUGACGAAACAAAACAAACUGGCAACAGACAAACAGAGAACACAGGUAUAGAUACACUGGGGAUAAUGGGGAAGAUGGGCGACACCUGGAGGGGGGUGGAGACAAGCACAAAGACAGGUGAAACAGAUCAGGGUGUGACAAAUAUUUUUAGCAAAAAUGUUUAUUUUCAAUUUACAAUCUGUAGAAACAAUGAGAAUAGAAAGGUUCAGAACUUUUGUGAAACAUCACAGCACAGUUGGAAAAUAUAUGGCAAAUAGAAAUCCAAUAUGGACGGUGUUAAGAGAUAGAUGGGAGGUGUUGAAUGGAGCUGAAGGUUGGGACUAAUAACAACUAAUAACAACAAGAUAACUAAUGUAAAACAUACUGUGUCCGUAAAACGUAUAUAGGUUAUAGGUUAAGAACUUUUGUGAAAGAGCACAGUUUGAAAGAUAUGGCAAAUAGAAAUCAAACCGGAUGGACAUCAGAAAUAGAUGGGAGAGGCUGAGGGUAGAGGAAGGACAGGAGUAAUAAAUAGAACUAUUGUAAAAUAGACUGUGUCCAUAAAAUGUAUAUAAUAUGUAUAAGCUGGAAGUAGAGGCCUAAGCGUUGUUGUUCACUAGUUUACUCCAAUUAUGGGAGGGGUGGUAGGGCUAGAAAGUAAUUAAAAAUAAUAAAAAAUACAAGUAUGUUACUAAAAACAUGUUACUAUUAACAUAUUACACGUUACUAUUUACAUUCGGUCAUUUAGUAGACACUUUCAUCACAAUAUUAACAAACAUCAUAUCCAUGUAAUGCUCACCUCCCAUUGCAUACCGUUGUGGUUUUCAUGUGUAUUUUUGCCAAUGACAUCAUACUCUCAUACGUAUCUUUGCCAAUGACAUCAUACUCUCACCUGUUCUCCAGAGUGUCAGACAGACAGGAUGUGAACAAGAUGCCUCUGAUGAACCUGGCCACUGUGUUUGGUCCCAGUCUACUGCGCCCCCCUGUGGCUGUUCUGGGGCAGAGCAGCCCGCCAGUGGACAUCUCUCAGGAGGUGGUGGUGCAGGUUGGUCAUAGCAUCUCAACUGGGCCUCUGUGGAGAAAUAAUAAUGAUUACCUUUAUAAUAAAACAUAGUGAAGAUACAGCCUUUGUUCUUGUACACUGAAAAAACACUUGCUGUUUCCAUGACAUAGACUGACCAGGUGAAUCAGGUGAAAGCUACGAUCCCUUAUUGAUGUCACUUGUUAAAUCCACUUCAACCAGUGUAGAUGAAGGGGAGGAGACAGGUUAAAGAAUGAUUCUCAAGCCUUGAGACAAUUGAGACAUGGAUUGUGUAUGUGUGCCAUUCAGAGGGUGAAUGGGCAAGACAAAACAUUUAAGUGCCUUUGAACAUGGUAUGGUAGUAGGUGCCAGACACACUGGUUUGUGUCAAGAACUGCAACUCUGCUGGGUUUUUCACACUCAACAGUUUCCUGUGUGUAUCAAGAAUGGUCCACCACCCAAAGGACAUCCAGCCAACUUGACAUAACUGUGGGAAGCAUUGGAGUCAACAUUGGCCAGCAUCCCUGUGGAACGCUUUCGACACCUUGUAGAGUCCAUGCCCGACGAAUUGAGGCUGUUCUGAGGGCAAAAAGGGGUGCAACUCAAUAUUAGGAAGGUGUCCUUAACGUUUUGUACACUCAGUGUACUUUGACAAUACAUCCUUAUUUCUAUGGCUUUAACUAACCGAGUAAUGUCAAAUCAGUGAUUACCUGAUAUUAAGGAAAGGAGGAUGCAUAUACCAUUUUUUAAAGAGGACAUUAGUUGAUUUCAAACACAGUCGUAGAGAUUUCUGUUUCUCUGUCCCUCUAUGUGUACAGGUCCAGGUUGUGUAUUCCUACUUGCAGUGUGACAACCUGCCAGCAGCCCAGACCUGCAUACCACAUGACACAGAGACCACUGAGGAAGAU